UCCCCUUCCUCCCCAGACACGGCCUACCCACCCCUGACAACCAACAUGGCCAACUUCACACCUGUCAAUGGCAGCUCGGGCAAUCAGUCCGUGCGCCUGGUCACGUCAUCAACCCACAAUCGCUACGAGACGGUGGAAAUGGUCUUCAUUGCCACGGUGACAGGCUCCCUGAGCCUGGUGACUGUCGUGGGCAACAUCCUGGUGAUGCUGUCCAUCAAAGUCAACAGGCAGCUGCAGACAGUCAACAACUACUUCCUCUUCAGCCUGGCGUGUGCCGAUCUCAUCAUAGGCGCCUUCUCCAUGAACCUCUACACCGUGUACAUCAUCAAGGGCUACUGGCCCCUGGGCGCUGUGGUCUGCGACCUGUGGCUGGCCCUGGACUACGUGGUGAGCAAUGCCUCCGUCAUGAACCUUCUCAUCAUCAGCUUUGACCGCUACUUCUGCGUCACCAAGCCCCUCACCUACCCUGCCCGGCGUACCACCAAGAUGGCAGGCCUCAUGAUUGCCGCUGCCUGGGUCCUGUCCUUCGUGCUCUGGGCGCCUGCCAUUUUGUUCUGGCAGUUUGUGGUGGGCAAGAGGACAGUGCCCGACAACCAGUGCUUCAUCCAGUUCCUGUCCAACCCAGCAGUGACCUUCGGCACAGCCAUCGCUGCCUUCUACCUGCCUGUGGUCAUCAUGACGGUGCUGUACAUCCACAUCUCCCUGGCCAGCCGCAGCCGAGUCCACAAGCACCGGCCCGAAGGCCCGAAGGAGAAGAAAGCCAAGACGUUGGCCUUCCUCAAGAGCCCACUAAUGAAGCAGAGCGUCAAGAAGCCCCCACCCGGGGAGGCCGCCCGGGAGGAGCUGCGCAACGGCAAGCUGGAGGAGGCCCCCCCGCCGGCGCUGCCACCACCACCACGCCCCAUGACUGACAAGGACACUUCCAAUGAGUCCAGCUCAGGCAGUGCCACCCAGAACACCAAGGAACGCCCAGCCACAGAGCUGUCCACCACAGAGGCCACCACACCCGCCAUGCCCGCCCCUUCCCUGCAGCCGCGGGCCCUCAACCCAGCUUCCAAAUGGUCCAAGAUCCAGAUCGUGACAAAGCAGACAGGCAAUGAGUGUGUGACAGCCAUUGAGAUUGUGCCUGCCACGCCUGCUGGCAUGCGCCCUGCGGCCAACGUGGCCCGCAAGUUCGCCAGCAUCGCUCGCAAUCAGGUGCGCAAGAAGCGGCAGAUGGCGGCCCGGGAGCGCAAAGUGACACGAACGAUCUUUGCCAUUCUCCUAGCCUUCAUCCUCACCUGGACGCCCUACAACGUCAUGGUCCUGGUGAACACCUUCUGCCAGAGCUGCAUCCCUGACACAGUGUGGUCCAUUGGCUACUGGCUCUGCUACGUCAACAGCACCAUCAACCCUGCCUGCUAUGCUCUGUGCAACGCCACCUUUAAAAAGACCUUCCGGCACCUGCUGCUGUGCCAGUAUCGGAACAUUGGCACUGCCAGGUAGGCAGGCAGGAGUGCCCUAGGAGGUGCUGGUGUUGCGUGCGUCUGCUGGGGGACCACACGGCUCACCUGCUGUGGGGAAGAGUUGCAGGCACCAUUCCGUGUUCAUGUUUGCUGAGGAGGAAGCUCAGAAGAGGCUCUGGCUGCAUUCAGAGACCAGCUCUCUGCUCAGGCUGAGGAGGCUCACCCCAGGGAAUGUCUGAAUUGGGGCUGCCUGGCCCACCUCUGUGGCCCUGCUUCCACGAGCUGCGGGGCACUGGCCUGGGUGGGCACCUGCCCCACUGUGGCCAUCAGCAGUGCUGAGAGAAUGGACAUCU